GGUGCUCACUAGUCUCGCGUGACUUGACCGAACUAUUCGUUAGUGCCCGUUCGUUCUCCGUCGCUACUGACGUUUAAACGCAGUUAAGACCCAAAAGCAACGUUUUCUUCCGGUGGCGGGCUCGUGAGGUUGUGGCUAGACGCAUCCAGGUACAUUUUUAUGGACCAGAACCGAACACCUAGCUUUCCGUUUCCCGCCUGCUUGUUUUCGGGGUUGCUGCUAACAAGCUAGGCUGCUAACCUCCGCAGGUUCAGGGUGGAGGAAACCGGAAGACGGCGACGGACGCGCAGGCGGCUCGGCCUCGAAGCUUCUGCUGCUUCCAGCGUUUCUCUAGAUCAACGGAACCGGUCCAGCUAAGCGAAAACCAGAACAGACGGCAUCCUCCUGUACCACCCUGAGUGCAAACAUGUCCAAGGCUCCAGACUCUCCGUCCAGACCCAGAUCCAGAUCCUUCUCUAGAUCUCAGUCUAGGAGCCACUCGCGUUCAAGAUCCAGGAAACGUCACUACAGCUCCAGGUCUCGUUCCCGCUCCCGCUCUCACUCUCCGUCCUACAGAAACUAUCCGUCUCGGGACUAUCAGAGCAACAGAAGAGGCUUCAGGGGCUACAACCGGGGCUACCGCAGACCCUACCCGUACCGGGGCCGGGGCCGGGGCUACUACCCCCGUGGCCAUUACCAGAACCGAGGAGGAGGAGGAGGCAACUACGGAUACAAGUCCAACUGGCAGGGUGGAGGAGGGGGCUGGCACGAUCGCCACCAUGACCAGGACUACCACAGUCCCAGGAGGGGGCACUCUCGCUCCCGCACACCCAGGAAGCGCUCUGCUAGCAGGAGCCGCUCCCGCUACUCCGAUCGCUCGUCUUCAGGGCGGUCUCGCCGCUCCCGCCGCUCCAGCUAUUCCUCGCGGUCCCGGUCCUCAACCCCGCGAAAGGGCAGCUCCAGGGCUCGGCCUGGCUCUAAGGACCCCAAAGAAAAGCUGAGGGCCAGUCCUGCAGAGAAAGGUCAGCCCGCAGACGGCGGCAGCAUCGAGAAGGCUUCCGGGGGCAAAUGGAUCGACUAUGACACCAGCCCCAAACGGGCCAACCCAGAACUGAAGGAGGAUGCUUCCGCCUCGGAGAGCAAAGGGAGUGGGGGUCCUCUGUGGAAAACCAUUGGCUCACCCCCCCCUGCAGCAAAGAGCCCCACAAGGUCCGAACAGACGGCCUCCUUCAGCGGAUUUGGGUUUUUCUCAAAGGAAGACAUGAAAGCCGGAGAUGGUUCUGGGAUCCCUGCCGCCUUCAAAAAGUUUCUGGCUGAGAACAAAAGCAAAAAGGCUGAGAAGGAAAAGCAGCAGGUAGCUGCAGAUCCCGAGAAGUCCUCGGAGCUCUUCAGCAGCUCUGCUGAGACCAAAGAGGACAAGACGCUCCCGUUCUUCGACCCGGGAGAGGAAGAGUUCCUCAAGUCCCAGGGCCUGAAGGAGAGGGUGAUCGACGAGGAGGCCAAGCCCACGCUCACGGCGCGGGACAUUUUUGGGAAAUGGGGCGAUGAGCCGAGCUACCCCACGUCGUAUCCCACUGUGAAAGAUAAAUCCCGCAGAGAUGAAGAAGAGCCUGAAGAUGACGUAGAGGAAGAGCUGUACAGGAGCCGCAAACACUCGAGCAAGAAAGAGGAGAAGUCCAAGAAGAAGAAGGACAAGGAAAAGUCCAUGAAGACGGUGUCCCCCCUCACCUCCAGAGACAAGGACCUACCGCUCUUCCCCGGAGCGUUUCCUCCUCGCGAGAAAUCUCCUGCCUUCCACCUGCUGGCUUCCAGGGAAGAGUUUGAGCUGCAAAUUAGCUCCUUAGACGAGAUGCCCAGGUACACACACACACACACACACACGCACACACACAUGGACACACACACACACACAAACACCCUGACCCAUCUGAGGACAUGUCCAAGUGUUGUCCUGCUCUCUGAACCUCCGAGUGUGUGUUGUCUCAGCUCCUCUGUCUCUAAGGAUCGUCCUGCUCCUCGGGAUCAUUCCCAUUCUUCCAAGAAAGAUCCGGAAUUUCGCUCCAUUUUCCAGCACAUUCAGUCGUCACAGCUCCGCCGGAGUCCGUCAGAGCUGUUCGCUCAGCACAUCGUCUCCAUAGUGCACUACAUCAAAGCGCAUCACUUCCCCUCCUCAGACAUGACCCUCAGUGAGCGCUUCGCCGUGUACCAAAGAAAAGCUGCAGAAGCAGAAAUGAUGAAGCCGAGGAAGAGUCCAGAAAUCCACAGGAGAAUCGACGUGUCCCCCAGUGCCUUUAAGAGGCACCCUCACCUGUUUGAGGAUGUGGACGAGUGCAGCUACAAGGAUCCCAGUAAAAAGUUUAAAGGAGACGUCAUGGACCUCCGCCUGGAUAUUGAAAGACGUAAGAGGUUUGCUGGGAAGGAGCGGGACUACAGGAGAGAAGGAGGCAGGAGCCCCGAAGGCUCCCGAGGGCCCAGUGGGGACCGGUCCUCCGACAAGUCUGGGAAGCACCACAAGAAGUCC